AAAAAGAGUGAAAACAACAUUUCGAAAUCCCAAUUGAUAAAGUAGUAACUGUUGCAACAAGGCUACAUCUUUAUCUGGACAUGAGCCUUGCACAUUCCAGUGCUUCUUCGUUGGAUUUCGCCAUAGAUCACAGCUGUUGGUGUGAAAUCCGGGGGUUGUGGGAGGUUUACGGGGAGCUUGAUGGAUGUGAUCUCCUAGUAACGAAGUCAAAAAGCACUCAUGAAGGGGGCUUACAGGGGGUUGCGUUUAUAAAGCUAUCCAGCGCAAGGGGCCUUAUUCUGCGCGCUCUUGAAGGCUGAAAUCAAAAGACCGGGGCAGCAGUAGACAGCGAUGGCAUCUUUAGGGCUGCAGAUUCUGGGAGUUGGGCUUGCAGUUCUCGGCUGGAUUGGAAACAUCCUCAUUUGCAUCCUGCCCAUGUGGAAAGUAUCGGCGUUCAUCGGCAACAAUAUAGUGGUGGCGCAGACCAUCUGGGAAGGACUGUGGAUGACGUGCGUAGUGCAGAGCACUGGUCAGAUGCAGUGUAAAGUCUAUGACUCUCUCCUAGCUUUGCCUCCGGACCUACAAGCUGCCCGGGCCAUGGUGGUCAUUGCUAUUCUGGUCUCUCUGUUCGGCGUGCUACUGUCGGUGGUCGGGGGUAAAUGUACCACCUGCAUUGGGGAUCAAGUCGCCAAGGCCCGGGUCGUUAUCUCCGCGGGUGUUUUCUUCAUCGUGAGUGGGUCAUUGUGUCUAGUCACGGUGUGCCUGCCUGCCAAUUCUAUCAUAAAGGACUUCUACAACCCCAUGAUCCCAGACGUGCAGAGGAGAGAGCUUGGUGCGUCCCUGUACAUAGGAUGGGGUGCAUCCGGGAUGCUGCUUAUCGGGGGCGCGCUUCUGUGCUGUCAGUGCCCAUCGAAGGGGGACCGCUAUGGAGCAAAGUACACCGCACCGAAGUCCACUGCGUCAGGGAAAGAAUUUGUGUGAUUUUCUUUACUUUGAAUUGAGAAAUCAUGUUUUAAAUGUGUUGGAUCCCAUGUGAAUGUUAUGCGAAAUGUUUUAUUCCGUUUUCGAGUAAACUAGACUAGCCCUAACAUUUUCUGAACAAUACUGAUCUAGUUCUGUUUUUCUUUUCUCUGGAAUCUUAGUUUUGUACAGUAGCACUUAAAACAACUUAAGCACUUAUAAGCGCUCGUGUUAGCUAUCGUUUAUUUUUAUACUAAAUAAAAGCCUUUGAUCAGCCUUU